AUGCCGUGUCUUUGUCUCCAAGUUGAAACGUCAGUUUUUAUGAAACUCAGGAAAGCUGGUUCUUUUAAUGACAAGUUGUUAACUGACAACAUGACUGGAUCUUAUACAGCGGACACCUUAUUAAAGUGCACGUCAUUCUGCGCAUCACAAUCUCUUUGUGUGUCUCUGUUCUUCAAUAUAAACAACGGGCUGUGUCAGACACACAGCGUCGUCUUCACAGACCCCACCUCCUCAUUGGUCAGUGUCAACACUUCCUACUUCUAUAUCACUAAGGGCAACAGCGUCCUCCAGCCAAUCAAAGAGUGUGACGAUCCUCCACCAGAGACAGGAGUUGUCUGGGGAGCGGGAACCAGCUUUCUUAGUAGUAGGAGGCCAUAUACUUGUGCUGGUGCCCUACUGCCUAAAGUUUCAGAUGUGGAGUGUCAUACUUCAGGAAACUGGACUCUGAUGUCCGAUUUCUGUAGAGAUCUGGAAAGUUGUGAGGACGUACAGAUGUGUAGUAGUACCAACCUGGAUGGUACCUACCAGUUAUACCCACCAGUACUCGGGGGUCAUGGGGUCAACAUCUACUGUCAUAACAUGGCCACGGUACCUCAGGCCUAUGUUACACUGUUUGAGGAGAAUAUGUCCCGGAAUGACUAUUCCUUGAGAACAUGGACAUUUCCUUGCAUUUUUCAAGACCGUGUCGGCGAUGCUACAGCAUAUUUUAACAAAAUCAGCGUUAGUCUUGUGGACAUGUCUGUGAACAGGGAUGACUACACAUUUGCAGUCACGUGUCAGGAAUCGCCCAGUCGAUCUAUCCCUGGGUUUGGGGAGGCUGGUGGGUGUUCACAUGACUACAUGUGGAGAGAUUAUAGGCAAUGUCCAGCACCAGGUGUCUUUGUUAUCAACACCAAUGGUACAGGAUUGAAAAUCAGUCCUACUUGCAGCUGGUCAGCGGAUGGCGCAUACGGAUCCAGGGUAGAACCGAUUGAGUGGUCUUCAGACGGAUUAAAAAUACAGACAACUUUUGAUGCGUGGUGCGGUUCAUUCAAACCUGAUGCUUUGUAUCUGGAAUAUAGCAGCAGUUCCGAUAUUCGCGGGAUUGCGACUAUACCUACAUGCCCGCCCAACUAA